UCUCGACCAGGGAGGUGCAGAAAACCUGAAAAAGAAUGUAUUUCUAAACCUGUUCUUCUUUUAUGUUUAUGGAAGGUGGGCUGGGUGCACUGACGGGUCCUGGCUUGGCCAGCCUACUUGGAAGCGGGGGACCCCCGACCAGCAGUUCAUCAUCCAGCUCUCGCAGCCAGUCAGCUGCUGUGACACCAUCUUCCACAACCUCUUCUACCCGUGUAACGCCUGCCCCGGCCGUUCCUGCAGCUGCAUCUGUGACCAGCCCGAGCCCUGUGCCGAGUUCGGGUAACGGAACCAGCUCAGCCACGAGCCCAACCCAGCCCAUCCAACUGAGUGACCUCCAGAACAUUCUAGCUACUAUGACCGUGCCAUCUGGAGCAGGAGGACAGCAAGUUGACCUGGCAACUGUUCUGACUCCCGAGAUAAUGGCUCCCAUUCUGGCCAAUGCUGAAGUUCAGGAGCGGUUGAUGCCUUACCUUCCCUCAGGGGAAUCUCUGCCACAAACUGCAGAAGAGAUUCAGAACACCCUGACGUCUCCUCAGUUCCAGCAGGCAUUGAGCAUGUUCAGUGCUGCCUUAGCUUCAGGACAGCUUGGCCCGCUAAUGAGUCAGUUUGGCUUACCUGCAGAGGCCAUAGAUGCAGCAAAUAAAGGAGAUGUAGAAGCAUUUGCCAAAGCAAUGCAGAACAGUGUGAAGUCAGACCAAAAGGAAGGAGACUCUAAGGACAAGAAAGAUGAAGAGGAAGAUAUGAGUUUAGAUUAAAUUAUUUGCUCUUCCUUACAGAUACGCUAGAUACUAACUUAAGCAACUGCAGUAGGAUUACUAACUUCAUAUUAUGCUUAUAUAAAUCUACAAAUAAAGGAAUUUUCUUUAUCUGCCA